AUGUUCUUCUAUCUCGGGCCUAUUCUCUUCUCGCUCCUUCUCACGGCGAGAUUAUGCCUGGCCCUUCCUAGCCCCAACGAGGUGUCUUUCGAAGGAAGCCGCGACUUAAUACCCAACUCCAUCACCGCCCCCCGAAGAAUCCGCCUCCCUGACCCAGUCUACGAUUACAACAAACUUACAAAACGCGAUGCAGAUAUCCGCAAUUGCACCGUUACAUGUACAUUCGAUAACACUACAAUCACCGCCGGCAACAAUGUCUGCAUAAAUGUCGGCGUCGACUCCUCAGGUGAUACCACCGGGCGAGGUGCUUCCCUGACCAUGAUCCAAAGCACGGUCACCGCAGGAAACGAUAUCAAUAUCAACGUUUGGGACCGGAACCAGAAUGGGCUGGUUGUGUUGUGGUUGGAGGACGUCACCUUGACGGCGGGAGGAAGGAUCAAUUUGAAUUUCAGUCAAGAGGAUGCCUGUUUGGCGGAUGACUGCGAGGUGAUUAUCUAUAUGAGAAAUGUGACAUUCAAGUCAGCGGCGACGGGGGAAAUUGUUAGGUUUGAUGAUGCUGUUUACUCUUCUCGAUUGGAUAAGGGGAAGUAA